AUGAACAUAGGGUUUGAGAACACCGCAGGACCAAGCAAAGGGCAGGCAGUUGCGCUUUCAUCCGGCAGCGACCGGUCGGUUUUCUACCGGUGCAAGAUAAGUGGAUACCAAGACACAUUGCUGGUGUUGUCGGGCCGACAGUUCUACCGAGAAUGCACGAUCAGCGGCACCGUCGACUUCAUUUUUGGUUAUGGCACAGCCGUUUUCCAACACUCUAGAAUUAUUCCCGGGAAAGCCAUCAAAGGCCAACAAAACACAAUCACCGCCAAUGGUCGACUUUCAGAAGACUCGUCAGGGUUCUCGUUCCAGUUCUGCAGAAUUGAAGCAGAUUCUGAUUUGGGGGGUAAUGUUAACUCUACGAAGACGUACUUGGGUCGACCUUGGGGCAAAUAUUCACGUACCGUGUUCAUCAAGUCUUUUAUGAGUAAUAUUAUAAGGCCAGAGGGUUGGCUGGAAUGGAGUGGGAAAAAUAAUCUUGAUACUUUGUAUUAUGCUGAGUACAAGAACUAUGGUCCGGGUGCCUCGGUUGCAGGCCGGGUCAAGUGGCCGGGUUAUCAUUUGAUUUCCGAGGCCGAUUCAUUUGCAGUGGACAAGUUUAUUGGUGGGAAGUCAUGGCUGCCAUCCACGGGUGUCCCAUUUAAAGCAGAUAUAUAG